CACUGGUAUUCUCUUUUUAUUUCUAACAGUUUUAAUUCAACUGGUAAUUGCAUGGGAAAUACCUUUUUUUGAAUUCUGGUGGCUAGUGAUGCAGUGGGGAUGGGAUUGAAUCUGAAUAUCAGAAGGGUUGUUUUUUACAGUCUUUCAAAAUAUAACGGGGACAAAAUCGUCCCUGUCCCGGCAUCACAGGUCAAGCAGAUUGCGGGGAGAGCGGGCCGGAGGGGGAGCCGGUUUCCAGAAGGACUAACCACCACUCUGCAAUUGGAUGAUUUGGAGUAUUUGAUUGAGUGUUUGAAAAAACCAUUUGAUGAAGUCAAGAAAGUCGGGCUAUUUCCAUUCUUUGAACAGGUAGAACUGUUUGCCGGGCAGCUUCCGAACUCCACCUUCCCGGAACUUCUUGAAAAAUUUGGAGGGAAUUGCCGUUUAGACAGUUUGUAUUUCUUGUGCAACCAUAGCCACAUAAAGAGAAUAGCAAAUAUGUUGGAGAAAGUCUCCGGAUUGUCCCUAGAAGACCGUUUCAACUUCUGUUUUGCUCCGGUCAACAUCCGAGACCCAAAAGCAAUGUACCACUUGUUAAGGUUUGCGUCUUCGUACGCCCAAAGCCUGCCUGUGAAUAUAUCAAUGGGGAUGCCCAAAACCUCUGCCCGAAACGAUUCCGAGCUGUUGGAUCUAGAGACCAGACACCAAGUGCUGUCCACUUAUAUGUGGCUAUCUAAUCACUUUGAGCGAGGGACAUUUCCGUACUUUCAGAAGGCUGAGGCUAUGGCAGCAGGUGUUGCUGAGUUGCUGGGAGAGUCUCUGACUAAAGCUUGCUGGAAGCCGGAAUCAAGAAAGGCCGGGAAACCAAAGACCAAGAAGGAUAAUAAUGAUGAUAAUGAUAUGGAAAGGCCGGAGAAAUCACCAGAACAGCGCAAGCGCAUUGCCGCAUAGUGUGAGUCUUACACUGUAAGUAAAUCCAAAAUAUUCAAAUAAAGCCUCGUUUCGCUU